AUGAUCAAGACCCUCACUCCCUUCACCUCCACUGACAAGACGGCCGAGAUCAUGUCCAGAUACCGGCCCAUCGCCCCUAAGCCCGAACCCCCCUCCCCCUUCCCCACCACCGAUCACUCCCACAACAUUCCCCCCUCCUCCUCCACGUUUCUUCGAAAUGUAUGGCCACACUUACAGGCCAGACCCACUCGUACCCGCAAGAGACCUCGCGCUGCCCCCAUUUCGCCUCACGCCUUGAAGCGAUCCAGGGCUACUACGCCCUCCACUUUCUCGAUCCACCCCUUUCGCUCUGGCUCUUUACUUCCUCAGCUUUCUGUUGUAUCUGUUAAUGGCGCUGGUGGGUUUGAUGAUGCGCCUGCAAAUUCUAAUCUUGUGACGCUUCCGCUUCUUCCAUGUGCGCCGCCGUCCUCUGUUUCUGAUGAAACCAGUGCCGGCUCUGAUUUUAACUUCGUCAACUCCUUUGAUGAAGAAAAUGGGAUGGAAUUUAACGCUUGUGCGGUCGUUCCUGAAAUUCCCGAAGAGAAGGAUCUGUUGCGGCAACUUCAAGGUCCAGUUUCCACCUGCAACGUUAUAACACCGCACCCUGUUCGCCCCGUUGGCUCGAGCAUUCGUGUUGGGUGCAUCAAUGAAGCCCAAACCCCGAGCCGCUCCAGCAGUACUCCACAGGCGCCGAAGAAACCAGAUGAAGUGGAAAAGGAGGUGGAAUCCGAGGUGUUACCGGCGGUCAUAUCGGACUCGAACAACAAAGUGAGAAUGGCGAAUUCGGCCUACAAGGAGAUGAUCGGGCAGCCAGAGUGCCUGUGGCUGGAUUCGAUGGUCACCGGAGACGAACGGCUCAAAGGUAGAAGAAUUGGCGGCGAAGUGAUGCUCCACCUCUCCGAUGCGGCGGCGGUGUCUCAUUCCUCAAAUGGGUUCUCUUGCUGGUUCGUGAAUGCCGACGUCCAAAAAGGACAAAUUAACGAACGGCCUCUUUUGGAGACUGUUGAUGUUCUUUAA